CUCUUCAUCGUAUCUGUCAGAGGACAUUUAAAUGGCCUCGGUGUCUAGCGGCAGUGCGCACAGCCCCGGAAUAAGUCUGAUAUCUGGUCUAACGGCGUCUCCGCCGGUCCCUGCCGGUCUCUGGAGCCUCUAAGGCCGCAUUCAUUCGCUAAGUUUGUCCGGGAAGUUUUAAAAAUGAGCGACGAGGAUGACUUCUUGCAAAAAGCCCGGAACGGGUUUGAGGAUCUGUGCCGAGCCUUGAACAUGGACGAGGAGGCGAGUACCGAGGCGUGGAAGGUUUACGAGAAGAUCAGCAGGAGCUUCACUCUGGAGGGCAGUGUGCUCCACUGGUUGGCCUGCGCCCUCUACGUUGCCUGCAGGUCCUCGGUGCCCACGGUGGGUCAGGGCUCCACCGAGGGCAACUACGUCUCUCUGACCCGGAUCCUGCGCUGCUCACAAAUGAGUCUCAUCGAGUUCUUCAGGAAGAUGAAGAAGUGGCAGGACAUGACCAACCAGCCGCAGGAGUUCCGCCUCAGCACCGACCGUCUGGAGAGAACUUUCACUGUGUCGGCCGUCAUCUUCAAGAAGUACGUCCCCAUCUUCAGGUCCAUCUUCAAGCCCCCGUCAGAGGAGCCGGCCCGGGUCCACCGCAGCCGCAAGCAGAGACGCCAUCCCUGCACCGUGACCGAGCUCUUCAACUUCUGCUGGGUUUUAUUCCUGCAGGCUAAAGGGAACUUCCCCAUGAUCAGUGAUGACCUGGUGAACUCGUACCACCUCCUGCUUUGUGCCCUGGACCUGGUCUUCACCAACGCUCUGCUGUGCAACGCCAGGAAAGAGCUGCUCAACCCCAACUUCAAGGGUCUCCCAGAAGACUUCAGCAGUAAGGACUUCCGGCCGUCCCCUGUGCUGUCCUCCGUCCUGUCCCCGGGCCCGUCCCCAGGCCUGUCCCCAGGCCCGUCCCCAGGCCCGUCCUGCUUCAUGGAGCAUCUGUGUGAGCUACAUGACGGUCUGGUGCUGGAGGCCAAAGGAGUCAAAGAGCACUUCUGGAAACCCUUCAUCAAGAAACUCUUCCACAAGAGGAUCCUCCGAGGGAAGGAGGACAGUCUGACCGGCUUCCUGGACCCCAUGAACUUUGGAGACAGCUUCUUGUCCCUCAGUCGUCUCUAUGAGGAACACGUCCUGUCCACCGGCGGUCUGGACGAGAGGAUCUUCACUGGGGAGGGGGCGAGUGAGGACAUCGGGACCCCGGGGCCCUGUCUGUGUGAGGCCGUGGAGAACCAGGACAGCGCCCCCUUCAGGCUUCACAGCAAACUCACGGCCUCGGCUCUGAAGGUGUCCACCCCUCUGACCGGGAGGAGGUACAUCCAGGACACCAGCCUGGCGUCUCCACUCUCGUCCGCCAUGAAGAGCGUUGGACGUCUCCACACCUUGUUGUCAGGGACCAAACAGGGACCGAGCGCUAAGCUAACGGAGACGCUCAGGGCCUGCGCCAGGGACCCCAGUGAUGUCAUCAGCAGGCGCCUGAAGGACAUGUUUGACAUCUUCUCCCAGCACCAUGAGGACAGCACUGAGGACAGCAGAGGGAUGGGCAAAGAUAUAGCAGUGAAGUAUUUCCGCCUGGCGGAGGCGCUGUACUACCGCAUCCUGGAGUCCAUCAUCGAGAGGGAGAGGAUGAUCCUGGGAGACGCUGACCUCUCUUGUAUCCUGGAGCAGGACGUCUUCCACCGCUCUCUCCUCGUCUGUUGUCUGGAGAUCGUCAUCUUCUCGUAUCGUCCUCCUGGAGACUUCCCCAACAUCAUCAGGAUCUUCCAGCUCCCAGCGUAUCACUUCUACAAGGUGAUCGAGGUGUUGGUGCGCUCUGAGCAGGGUCUCUAUCGGGACGUGGUCAAACACCUGAACCAGGUGGAGGAGCAGGUCCUGGAGACUCUGGCCUGGACCAGGGACUCUCCUCUGUGGGACAGUCUGCACGCGUCCAAGGACCAGGUCCCCACCUGUCAGGAGGUGAUGCCUCCUCAGUACCUGGAGCAGAGCGAUGAGAGCGGAGGCGCCACCUUGACCCCAGUCAGGCCAGAGGUCAAAGUGUCUCCGUCCCCCACCACCCUCCUGGACCGGUACAGCACCCCCCCCACUGGUUCAGUCUGCCGCCGUCUCUUUGUGGACCCGGUGGACGGCGAGUCCACGGCCGCUCCCACCAAGACCGGCCUCGUCACCGCCACCAUCCCGGCCGGCCAGACUGUGGUCACCAUGGCAACCGCCACGGUUACCGCCAACAACGGGCAGACAGUGACCAUUCCUGUUCAGGGCAUAGCCAAUGAGAGCGGAGGCAUCACCUUCAUCCCGUUCCAGGUGAGCGUGUCCGGACAGACCGGGACCCUGCAGCCGGUGUCCGCCCACCCCCUGACCAGCACCCUGACCGUUCAAUCAGCCGCCGCCAAAACGGCCACGAAGGCCUCCAGCCGCCCACUGAGGAAGGGCUCCCUGUCCCUGUUCUUCAGGAAGGUCUACCACCUGGCCAGUGUCCGUCUCCGGGACCUCUGCUCUAAGCUGGACGUGUCCUCUGAGCUGAGGAGGAAGAUCUGGACGUGUUUUGAGUUUUCUCUGGUUCACUGCACCGACAUGAUGAAGGACCGACACCUGGACCAGAUCCUCAUGUGUUCGGUCUACGUCACCGCCAAGGUGACCAGAGAGGACAGAUCCUUCCAGACCAUCAUGAAGUCUUAUCGUUCUCAGCCUCAGGCCUCCAGCCACGUCUACAGGAGUGUCCUGGUCUCACGGAUGAGGACACGUGUCUCUGGAGACGAGUCCAGCAAACUGAGCUCAGCUGAGAGUCAGGACACAGCAGGUGGAGACAUCAGUCCAGUUCCUAUUCGCUCCAGCAGCACCUUACCCCCCCCCACAGGCAGCGCCCCCCCUACCCCCACCCAGACCCCGCCCUCCCAGACCCAGACCCCCCCCCAGGCCCCGCCCUCCCUGGGAGGUGAGGAGGAGCGAGGAGACCUGAUCCACUUCUACAACCAGGUCUACGUCAAACAGAUGAGACCGUUCGCUCUGAGAUACUCGCCCAGUUCCAGCUCCAGCUCCAGCUCCCCGUCUGCAGCGCUGGAGACGCCCCCCCUGGUCCCCUACCCCACCCUGAGGACAGGGUGUCCUCGGCGGAUGCUUCUGUCCAGCAGACACUCCAUCUACAUCUCUCCUCAUAAGACAGGCUCCGCCCCCUCUCCGCCAUCGCCACGGGACAAGAUGCACUACUACAUCAGCAGCAGCCCCGCCCACCGUCUCCAGGAGAUCAACAGCAUGAUCCGGACCGGAGAGACGCCGACCAGGAAGCGCAGCCUCCCUCUGGAGGACGAGACGUCUCCCAAACGAGUUUGUCCUGACAACCACUCGGCUCUCCUGCGCCGCCUGCAGGACGUCGCCAACGACCGCAGCUCGUCCCACUAACGGGGACAGAGGACGAGGGACGGAGGGACACUCGGCUCCUGAUGAUGUGCAGACUCGUGACACGUGUGGACACAUGAUGACUGAUGACGUGUGGUCGUUUAUUUUUGUUCUCGUUUAUCAUGAAUAUUAAUGUGAAACAAAGAAGCUGCAGCUUGUGUCUAGAUAGUUUUAAUGUGGUUUUAACGAUGUGUAAAUAUCUGUACAGAAGAACAAAGAAUAUUUAACGAGUGCCUUUAUUUCUACUCCUCUCUGUUUGUUUGUUAAAAUAAAAGAAAAUGUUUCUUCUGAAAGACUCA